AUGGUUAUUAUUAAAGAGAAAUAUUUAAUUAAAGAAAUUUUAAACAAAUAUAUUAGAUUCUAUUGUUGUUAUGGAGAUAAUGAAAAUGCAAUUUUAUUUUUAGGCUACACCAUUAAUAAAUUUAAACUAGUAUGCAAAGAAUGGAGAAACGAAAUCAUAUUUCAUUUAAAAUUCCCUCAAAUCAGUAUCACCAGCAAGAGUGACCUUGGAUAUGUUAGCGAAUGGAUUGAGCAGGGUUUACCCAUCAACGAUAUAUUCUUUCCUUAUAAUCAGCAAACUGUGUUCAAAGAUAACUUUUUAUAUCCACAACUUACAGAGUCAAUACCGGUAAUAGCAGAUAGAAUAAGGUCAAUAUCAUUUAGAUCAGGCAAAAUAGAUUAUGGGGGUACAAUACUGUUAACAAAAAAUACAAGAUCAGCUACAUUUGGUGUAUUUAAUUCAAAAGAGUAUUCAAAGUUCUGCGGGGUAUUAGCAAAUUAUUUGGAUGUCAUCAAAGAGAACUUGAGAGAUUUUACACUGACCACAGUAUUAUACGAUCGCGAUAUCGACAUAAUAGAUUUCAAAAAAUCACUCGAAGCUUUAGAAUCAUUUAGGUCCCUAACAUUUACAAGUUGUUUUCAAAACCAAUUUAAAUCUUUAGAUUUAAUCCCUCAAAUUUCAAAAACAUUAAAGAAACUAAAGCUGCUAUAUAUCAACAUUGAAUAUGAAACUUUGGUAAAAAUGGUUACAUUAUUCAUAACAAAUGAAAACGAAAGUAGUGUAGUAAAGUUUGAAAUUAAUGCAAAGUUACUUGAUAACCAUAUAAAUGGAGAUGAUGCAAGCGAUUCAUCAUAUGACAGCAAUGGUGGUGGUAUAGUUUGGAAAGAAAAUGACUCUGUGAUCGAUGUUUUAAAGAACAAUGUACAGAAUUGGAACUAUCUAGAUGGUUUAUUUGAACUAAUAUCAAAUUGGAAGAAACUAGAGUCAUUCAGAAUUAUUAUGGUAGAUGAAAGAGUGAACAUAUCAAGUAUUUUAAACUUUUUAGGGAAUGUAGAGAAAUUAAAAACAUUCAAAUUUGUUGCAAAAUUAAAUAAUGAUUUGGAUGACAAGGAUUUCAUAGAUAACCCAAUACCAAUUUCAAAGCUUAAUAAAUCAGUAAAUAAAAUGCUAAUCAAAAGUACACAGGAAACUGAUAUACCGUUUAUAAAUAAAAUUUGGGACCAUUGUAUAAAUUUAGAAGAUUUAGAAUUACACUUGGAUGGUGAUACACCUCCGCUAUCAACAUAUAAUAACACUAUCAAUAAUAACAAUAAUAAUAAUGAAUCAAAUAGUAAUAACUGUUUUUAUAAAUUUAAAGAAAAAGCAAAUGUAAAAUUAAUAAGUUUAAAUCAUCCUUACUCCAAUAAACUAAUAGACUCUAUAGCAUUCAAUUAUAAUAUUGUAUCAUUGGCAAUUAUUGAUGAAGUUAAAGAAAUGAAUUCGCUCAUUCAAGUAUUAUUACUAAAUCACCCAACAAUAAGAACAUUAAAUUUUAAUAAAUCAAAUAGCGAACCUUUGGCUGCAACAACACUUAUUGAACCAAUUAUUCAAAACACAGUCAUAGAAUUUCUUUAUAUCAAUACUCUACUAUCCAAUGAUAAUGAAGAAGAUCACUAUAAUAAUUUAGAAUUAUUAAUUUCAAUUCUAAAAUAUAAUAACACUCUCAUUCACCUAGAUUAUAGUUUCAAUAUUUUACCAAACGAUAUGAAAGAUAAUAGUUUACAACAACUGUUAUUAGCCAUCCAAUCGAAUAAAGUUUUACAAUCCUUGACAAUUACUGGUUGUUUAAAUCAACAAUCUAAACAAUUUAAAUCAAUCCAAAAUUGUUUAAUGGAAACAGGAAAACUAAUUUCAUAUGCCGACAAUCCAUACUAA